AUGGCUUCGUCAAGAAAUAAAAAUUUUAUUUUUAUGCUAAUUUCAUUUCUGAUCAUCCUCGCAACUACAUCAUUUUCGUCUGCGCUCUUCUCAGCAAAACAUGUUGUGAUUGUCAACAAACUUGUAACGCGUGCAACAUUGAUUGUGCACUGCAUGAACAAAGGUGAAGAUAAGGGGGUGAUUUCACUCGGACCUGGAGAUAGUUUCGAUUUCAGAUUUCGUGUUAACCUUCGUAAAACAACAGUAUACACAUGUAGCUUUGCUUGGCCUGGCAAUACAGCGACAUUUGAUAUUUUUAGAGCUGAUAGAGAUGAUAAUCCACAAAGCAAAGUUGGAGUCUGCAGCGAAUGUAUUUGGAGCAUCUACGAACCAGCACCAUGUAGGGAUAGACGUGAUGGAGGCCAACCUAACUGUUUUCCAUGGGCUUCUUAA